CAGCUGCGGAGCGUCCAGAGAUCUCGCAAGCAAGCUCUGUCGCUGCGCAGUGCUCCCAUUCGCACCGCUGCCGCUCUGCGCGCUGCAGAUCAGCCCUACGUAGCUGCACGAUGGCGCAUCUAGACCUCGGCAUCGAUGGCCUGGAGCCGACGCCGCAGCAGCUCAGCUGCACCGGCCUCUCGGAGGACAUCGCCGUCGCGCCGCCGGCCACCGAGGAGGACAUCGAGGCCAUCAUCGAUUCCAUCGGCCGCAUGGAGAUGGAAGAGCGGGAGACCGCGGCGGCGCCGCGGGGAGUGAGGAUGGACACGUCGAAGAAGAUGGGCGGCGCGCUCGGCGCCAAGCGCGGCAGCACGAAGCGGGAGGAGGGCGUCGCCAAAUCGGCGCGACGCGCGCUCGACGAGCAAAACAUCCGUUUACUAAGAGAGGCGAUCAUCGCCAUCGGCGCCAAGGCCGCCAAGCGCCUGCUCAAGCGCGUCGUCGAGACGCAGCGCGACGGCGGGCUGGCCACGGCGGACGGCUCGCGCAAGCGCACGCCCGGCGGCGUCUUCUUCCAUCUACUGCGCGACGAGAUGACGCCGGAGGCCUACAAGCAGUUAAUGAAGGCUGAUAGCAAGCGCAAGAAGCGCGAGCUAGAAGAAAGGCGGAAGCAGCGGGAGAAGCGCGCGCGCGAGGGCGGGACUCCAGGAGGCGACGCGAAGCGGGGCCGCCGCUAGUUGUGUACUCUAA